AUGAGUGUCAAACCUCGGGAGGUGACAGACAAGGGCCCUGAGCGUACUCCGUGCCGGGCGCCUGAAUACGUCCACACGGUUGACACGGGCGAAUGGGCAGAAUGUUGUCGAAGCCAGCUCAUGCAUCCAGAUGACGAGGAAGGUCCUAUGGCGAACCUGUGGAAGAUGUUGGCGGCCGUCGGCCUUAGAAAAGGACACAAAGAGGUCUACAUUUGCCAGCCCCUGACGGUGUUGCACCACAACUAUUCGUACGACAUGGCCUCUGGCGUAGGCUGGAUCCAGGACCCCUGUGGAGACUGUGCGGGGAGUGACGAGAUCUGCCUCAAGCCGCGCGUCUUCGACAUAAAGUCCUAUACUUUUCCGACGAGUAUCAAAGAUGGGCUGAAGCAGGCUGCAAGGGCAAUUGGCCGCAAAUUGCUCGGCCUGGACAGAAAAGUGUGCCUGGGAGUGGGCUACAACUGGAGUUUCGGCCGAAUUGCACCUGGCAUGCUGGACAUGAUCCGGUCUUUGCCCUGGGGCGACAAGCGGAAGGUCUACUAUGUCGACUCCGAAGCUGCUGCCAUACUUCCCCUGCAACCCACGGACUUUGCGGCCCUCCCACGGGCCUUGAAGCGCAGGGUGUGCAGAAGACAUCUGCAGAACUUCCUUUGA